AUGGUAUACUAUGUAGAUGAUGUCGUUAACAAAGGAUGGAGUAUCGUUGUUCAUUUAAAACCAAGAGAUUUGUAUGAAAUGGGUGAUGAAAUUGAAGAGGCUGCAGAUGAGGACGAGCCACAUCAAGAGCAAGCUCUUGAUCAAUAUUUUGCAAUGCCGAAGUGUAAACGGUUUACUAAUCCCCUGAGAUCAGCUCCUCAACCUGAAAAUGGUUUUGAUCAGACUAACGACGAGGUAUUUCACAAUUCACCUACGGAUAUCUCACCACCUAAUCAUGAUUCACCACCUAAUCAUGAUUCAACAAUACAAAGCAAUCCGGAUAGUAAUAUGGAUCAUUCACUGCCUAACCAAGGAUCCCAAGAACAUACUAGGCCCUUUGGUGGACGUCAAUCUUCUGAAUAUUGGACCGUGGAGACAGUAGGCACAGAUGGAACUAUUAAGACUAGAAGGCUAAAAGUUAAAGAAAUGGAUAACUUAUCUAGAGAUGAGCAAGUUGUUGUGAACUUUGAAGAUGAACAAGCUAUUGGAGAAGCCCAAGGUUUGCUUGCUGGAUAUCUAGGAACAUUGGCAGUUGAUUGUAAGUUAUUUCCAAUCAAUUUCUCAAAGUGGUCAGGACCUUUAGGCAUACCUCGAUCUAGAUUUGAAGAGUGUUUUAGUAACUUGCUGAAGGAGAUGUGUAGGAGAAAUAAGGAAGCUCGCAAGAAGCAAACAAUUCCCCAUACUGGUGGCUCGAAACCCAUCUCAAGGAAAAGACAUGAAAUAUUUUUAGAAACUGGUCGAAAAAUUAGCCGUGGAGAAAUGUACAUAGAAACUCAUAAGAAGAGAGAUGGGUCGUUUGUGACUGAUGAAGCAAGGGAUAUAGCAGAACAAAUUGAAGUACUUAUGACUCAAAAUGAGAAAGAUGAAUCUAGACCAUCUACAAAUGAUGCUAUUGGAAAAGUGUUUGGGGAGGAGCAUUCUAGUAGGGUGUGA